GCAGCUGACAUUUGCUAACGUACGAAAUGGACAUAUUCUUCCAACUUGGACACUAACGGAUAUCAGAUUUACCCACGCCUAUUUUCACAACACUGACUUCAAACUAAUCUCUGUUCUAUCUUGUUCAUCCAUCUAUAUACAUAAACCUCAACACGCCCUUUAUUUUCACCUCCCAAAUCGUCAUCUUCAGCAACAUAAGCCCACAUGGAGAUGAAUUCAGAUCCUAGUGUUAUGUCUGAGGCAGAAUAUGAAGAGGAUACUUUCUAUGCAGAGAUUAGGAGACAGAUUCUGCUAUUGACAUCUGAAGAUAACGAAGAUUUACUACAAACAAGAACUUUCAAUCCCAUUAAUGUUACUGAUGGUGGUUCAGCCAGGUCAGAUUUCAGAUUUAGCUGGGCAUCUCCACCUCCAAGCAAUUUUUGUUUGUGGGAAAGACAUGGUUCUGGUUCACCACCCCUUUGGCUUAUGAACUUGUGGAAGAAUGGUAAGGGUACUGGGGUGUUCAUUCCCCAAGUUGCAUCCAGAAAAAUCCAUACACCAGGAAAAAUGAAUAGCAGGAAAAAGGUAUAUAGACCAGUGGAUAACAAGAAUUGAAGAAUCUUAGACAAAUUGGUACUAAAUUGAAGUUGAAUAUCCUUUCUCGAUCAUUAUAUAUAUAUAUAUAUAUAUAUAUAUAUAUAUAUAUAUGUGUGUGUGUGUGGGUGUAGCAUAGGAUACAAUUAUGAUGUUGCAUUAGUGGAAGAAUUACACAACAUAAAGGGUGUAAAGUUUGUACAACUAUUGUUCAUUUAUGUACAGAUCUUAGUUAUUACAGGGGAGUAAAACAAUUUAUGUAAAUUGUUUAAUGUAA